AUGGAUUGCUACCAUUUGAUUUUAUUCGCCAGUCUAUUUUUGAGCGUCGCAGCUUGGUCCAUGCCGUUCCAACCCGUUCAGAGGAAUCCUAUCAUAAGAUACGUGCGUCCUCAAAGACAUAUACUUCCGCCUAAGCAGUGGCAGUCCCAGUCUGAGUGGGUGCGACUGAAACGUGAACGUGACGAUCACGAUUAUGAUCACGAUUAUGACCGCGACCACGAUCACGAUAACGCCCACGACCACAGAAGCACCAGCGGAGUCACGGGGCCCAUACACACGUUCGUGAAAACAGAUAAGAACGCUAACUACAAGUGGGGCGUCAGACAUCACGUGGGCAAUCAGUACGCGUCAUAG